UUGUCCGAGAAUUUGGACUUGCACUGAACUGUAAUUGCUCAACUGAUUUGUGUGCGCUCGCCGUCGUCUUCCACCGCCUCAACGGGCAGCUUUGACGCUCCGUUGCCUUCGAUAGUUCGUUUGAUGCGAUUCAGGCUGCCCAAGACAGCAUUAUGAGUGGAGAAGCAGCACAGAAAUCUGGAGUUCCUCAAAUUAUCAAAUCAGACAUGGCUUUGAAGCUGGCUGAACAAUGGGUCAAUAAUAUGACUAAAAUUGCCGAGGAAGAGCACACAGAGGCAGAAUCCGAGGGUCGGCCAUCUAGACUCGGUCUUGGUGCAAAGUUUUCACGUCAAGUGAGACCUGGACCUUCAAAUGACCCUGUGGAAAGGAAAAUGUAUGCCAACUUGCAGUCUGCAAAAAGAAAAGCUGCCAAAGAUGCUGAGGAGUCCGGCCUAACUGCAAGAGAUCCAGGUGGUGAUAGUGAUGUCGAUGACGAGUUAGAAAGCAGAGCAAGCGCUUUUGCAAAGAAGAGAGUAAUUACUCCACCCGUCUAUUUAACAGUGAAGAAGAAACGGAGAUAACCACUUGAAAGGUUUAUUUUUCUGGUCGUCGAAAGGAAAACCUAGACUGUUGAAUAGGGUUAGUUCUUCCAGAAGAUUAUUCUCCUUGUUUGCUGAGCUGGCAAUACAGUAGGCAUUCUUCAUUCCCCUACUCGAUAAGAGAGGUCCACUUAUUCAGUGACUUUUUCAAUGUGCUAGCCAAGUGAGGCUUGAUACGGUGGCUAAUCUCUUAUGUUGCUAGUUGAUUUUCUUAUUGCGUAUCUCGUGUCAUGUUGAAUAAUUUGUUGCUUUUUUUCUAAGCAAAAAGAA